UGGGAACUUGAUCUUCUGAGCCGAUCGUGAGAAAUUGCAGAAUUGUUGUGCUUCAUAAAAAAACAAAAAACCGCAGGUUCUAUCUCGGUGGGACAUCCCCUCAGCUGAGGCCGUCCAACCCCCCACCCCGAAGCUAUUAGAGUCUUAAGUCUUCAAGGGAAGGUAUAGUAACCACGGCAGCGAAACCGAACGCAGACAGAACAAGAAACUUUUGACGAAUCAAGAUGCUAACUAUCCCCGGGGGCUAUCAUGCAGGGCUCGAUGCAUACCGACUCACGGGCAUCGCACACAGGCCCGUCGACUUGACGACGCUGUCCAAAUAUGAACGAGGGAGAAUGCAGAGCAGACCUGAAGCUGUGGAAGCGUUCCCAUGGACUCAUGGUCACAGCGCCCCAGCAAGAGAUCUGCCUACUGUAGGCCUCAUUCGGCAGGACGAGCAAUUUUGGAGAAUGUGGUUGGUACCCUCUGACGGGUAGGUCUGUUCAUCGGUGUGGUCUUAUGUUAUAUUGGAUAAUGUGCGAAGGCGAUGCAUAUACACAGAUUGACGAGUGCACGCUUGGACAAUCUUCUAGAAUUUUCAAAGAAGCGGUAAUUUACAGUGCGUGGGUGUGUCUGAAAUGCCUCGGCUGCGUAGCUUACCAUGCC